AGAAGGGGAACCAGUCCCGUUUACUCUGCACCAAGAGCUGCCACACCAAGGCGCCAGCAAAACCGCUGCACUGGCCAUAAGAGUCGCGCUGGCGACCCACGGGGCUCCUUUAUUGGGAAUCUUCUGGUCCGUGAGUGACAAAAAUUCGUCUGAAAGUGUGGCGUCCUCUCGUUUUCUGCUCUUUCACUGGGAGCUACAAUCCCGAGUUGUUAGCAAUCAGCCAUCUUGGAUCUCUUCUCGACUUCCUUGCUUCCUGCUUCGCCUCCAUGCCUCAAGCUAUGGGGCACAGCCCCCAAUACGUUAGCACCACCUGAGGAUCUGGAAACCGCCUCCACGAUGGAAGAGGACCAGGAACUGGAGAGGAAAGCCAUAGAAGAACUGCUUAAGGAAGCAAAACGUGGAAAAACGGGAGCUGAAACAAUGGGACCCAUGGGUUGGAUGAAGUGUUCUCUUGCUGGUACCAAUAAAAGAUUUCUAAUUAACACAAUUAAAAACACAUUGCCCUCUCAUAAAGAGCAAGACCAUGAACAAAAAGAGGGCAGUAUGGAACCAGCGAAGAGCCGGGCCCAGAAAGAAGAAAAUCCAAAGAAACACAGAUGCCACCCUUACAAGCACAGCUUCCACGCCCGAGGUUCUGUCAGUUACUCCCCACCAUGGAAGCGGAACAGCCAAGACAAGUACGAAAGGCAGCCCAGCUGGCAGUGAGGCCAGAGCCAGGGCCAGCCAGUCCUGUGGGCUCCGUGCUCCUUCGGGUGCGGUGUGCAGAGAAGGCAUUAGCUGGCAGGGCAAACAUCUGAGAGUGACUUUUACAGUAGAUCCUUUGUUCCUAAAGAGGCUGCUGGCCACCGGCAAAAAACGACCUAGCAACUCUUCCAGGAAACAAGGACAAAGGAGGAUGUCUUGGCAAGUUUAAGCUACUUCUGCAGUGUAGUAGACAUGUAUUAUUGUUAGUCUAUCUUGUUUGGAAGUGCGUUUCAAAAUGUGUAGAAUUUAAAGUUUUCAGAGAUUGUUAAAACUAGUUCCUAUUUUUUGGUCAUUUCUCAAAAAAAAAAAAAAAACACUUAUAAAUCAUAUAUGUUACUUUUUGGGAGUAUCAAAUUUAAAAUUUAGAAAUCAUCAGUCCAGUGACCAUAUUUAUGAAAAGCCUUAGCCCUCCAAGGUCUGGGAAUUUAUCAAGAAACUCUUUGAUAGCUCUGCAUUUGUUUCCCUUUAGGUGAACAAUGUAGGACAUCCACAAAGUGGCUUUGAAUUUCAUGCUCCACUUCAGUUACCAGAGGUUAAGAAAAUGGGUUCUGUUAUUUUCUGUGCAUUCUCAAACUCAUUUAUUAGAACAAUUUUUCUAUAUUUAAUUUUUUAAUAUAUAGGUUUUAAGGGGUGCUUUAAAAAUAUCCCUCACAAGUUAAAAAAAUUAAGUUAUUUCAGUGCUAGACCUUACCAGCUAAAGACUUACGAUACCACUAUUAGUACAGUUGCUCCAGAAAUCUUCAUUUUAAAUAGAGGUGUUUACAGCAUCUUCUCCCCCACCCCCCGUACUGGUUUUCAGUACCUGUUUUAACAUAUAAUUACAAAGCUUUCAAACCUGUAUUCCUUCUUUACACUCAGGAAACUGUCACCAAGCACCCUCCUCCCCAGUCCAAAAAAGGAAGAAGAUGAAGAUUCUGUCUGCCUGUUCCCCCUCCCCAGUUUUCCAAAGUGUCUGAGCAUAUGUCUGGCUGUCCCCAGAUCAUCACCAUGCCACAUCCCUGCUCCCCACUUCCUGGCAGCCAAGGAAAGCCCUUUCUACAUACUAGAAAGAAAUACAUCCAAAAAGUUAGCUUUGGGGUAUUAGAAACUAGAA